AUGGCGCCUCCAGAACACUACAAACAUGGACUGCUUGGGUUGCUAUGUCUUACUCCAGCACUAGUAUUGGGCAAGACGAGCAAGGCCGAUAGCAUCCACUCAUGUCUCCAGAACGGAGGUGUACAGGCCACGAUUUCAACAGACAGCACCUGGGCCAACGACACCGCUGCAUUCCAGUUCCGAAUUCCGCGAGAGCCGGUUGCUGUCGCCUUCCCACAGAAUAGAGACGAAGUCGCCGUGGCUCUGGGCUGUGCUCGCGACGCAUCAGUCAAGGUGUCUACUAUCAGCCGUGGGCAUUCCUUCCAGGGUUACAGCUUUGGCAACCCCGGCAACCUGGUCGUCGAUGUGGCUGCAUUUACCGAGCUCAAAUUCGACAACGCUACAAACCAGCUCACAUUUGGCGGAGGAGCAAACGUCGGACCAACGGCCAAGUACCUCUGGGACAACCAUCGUCGCCACUUCCCCCAUGUACGAGGUUCCCACGUCGGUCUCACAGGCAGCAGCAUGGGUGGCGGAUUUGGCACGACGUCCAGAUUCCUCAAAACGCCUGUGGACAACCUGGUUUCAAUCGAGUACAUGCUUUACAACGGAUCGGUUGUGACGGCAGGCCCUGGAUCAGACCUACUUUGGGCAGCUCAGGGUGCCGGCCCCAGUUUCGGUAUCGCGCUCUCUACGACAACAAAGACAUACGAGCUUCCUCGAGACGGAGCUAUCAGCUACUCCCUUAAUCUUGGCGAUGUGAGCACCGCUACUGCGUCUGCUGCUCUUCUGGCAAUCCAAAAGUGGGUCGUCGAUGGACAGGCGCCGGAUGAGCUUUCUCUCCGCCUCACGCUGAGCGACUUCUCAUCAGCUGGCUUCUUCUACGGAGACGAAGCAUCCUUCGACAAAGCCUUCUCGCCGCUUGUGAAAUCGUUGAAAUCUAUCGCCCCUACGUUCAACUUGACAAAGACUGAUAUUCCUUCGUUCUGGGACUCGGAAGUAGCUGCCGUAGGUCCUGGUAUGAACCAGCCGACUGGCGGAGCACUUGGCGGCCGCGCCUCGCUCGUUCAAUCUUGGACUACAACGAACGACCAUCCUUUGACGCUGAAGCAGGCGAAAGCGCUGUUUGACAACUACCACUCCUUGAACCGCACCGACCUCACAGGCACUGGCUUCCUCGACCUGUGGGGCGGAGUCAGUCGCGAUAUCGCCGACAGCGACACAUCGUUUGCACACGGUAAGAACCUUUGGCUUAUACGCGUCGACGGUGUCGCAGGUUCGGGCGUAUGGCCGAGCGACGGUCUCGCGUACAUGCAGACUCUGAUGAAGCCGUUUGAGAGUUCGCUGAAGAAGUCGGCCCCUCUCCGCAGUUUCGUCAACUAUGUCAACUCGGAGCUCAGCCUGAAGGAAUGGAGUAACAGACUGUAUGGUGCCAACUUUGCGAGACUGCAGAAGAUUAAAGCUGCAGUGGAUCCCAUUGGACUCUUCUCUGGAUACCACCUUGCGAUCCCGGCCGCUCGCUAG